AAUGAGAGGCAACGGCUAGAAAAGGUGCAAGAAAGGAAAACGUGAUAAUAGAUAAGCGUUGGAUAAACGAAUCAAAGAUCCAACGGCCAAAAUCUAAUACAAAUUCGACCGUUGGAAGAUUCAUUAUUCAUUAUAAAACAUUCACAAAACCCCAACGUUGCAAUCACAAACUCAGAAAAACAAAAACACAAACACUCUCAAAAUUCACCGUAACACAAAGAUUUCCAUUAGUGUGGUGUGAUCGGUUUACAAAGGUUGAUUACUUGGUUUUGAGGUGGCGAUCAGCGACGAAGAAAGAGGAGGAGAAGUAGCGGCGGAAAGAAACAGUCGUAUUCAGGUGUUUCUUUCGUCGAUCUUCUCUAGUCUUGGUGGUGUUUUUGGAUCUACUUUUCAAGAUUCCAAUUUAACUAUGGCUUCUAGAGCUAUUGCUCCGAUUGAACAUAGAGGUGAGAAUAUUAAGCCAAAGAAUGUUGUUGGGGUAGAAGGAGGAAGAAACAGAAGGGUGCUUCAAGAUAUUGGAAAUCUUGUGAUUAAUCCAGCAGAUCCUGCUGCUAAUGCUAAUGUGCCUAAGCGCAUCACGAGGGCUCAAUUAGCUGCUCUUGCUAAAGCCGCCGCAGAGAAGACCAAGAAAUCAAUCCCUGAACUUGUUAAUGGACCUAAUGUUGGCAACUUUGUUGCUGCAACAAAAAAAGCGGAACAAGCUCUAAAGCCGGCAGAACCUGAAGUUAUUGUCAUCAGCUCUGAUGAUGAAUCUGAAGUGAAGGAGAAACAACCUGUUAAAGGAAGAAAUAUAAGAGAAAGGUCCACAAAGAAAAAUGCUAGGGCCUUUAGUUCUGUGCUUUCAGCUAGAAGCAAGGUUGCUGGUGGAAUUAUGCCAAAGAAUUUUGUUGAGAACAUUGAUGCAACUGAUAAGGACAAUGAAUUGGCUGCAACUGAGUACAUUGAUGACAUCUAUGAGUAUUACAAGCUCUCUGAAGAUGAUGUUCGUGUACACGAUUACAUGGCUUCUCAGCCAGAUAUAAAUGCCAAGAUGAGAUCCAUCCUUGUUGAUUGGUUGAUUGAAGUGCAUAGAAAAUUCGAACUUAUGCCAGAAACUUUCUAUCUGACUCUUAAUAUCGUUGACCGAUUCUUGUCCACUAAGGCUGUACCUAGAAAGGAACUUCAGCUUGUUGGUAUCAGCUCAAUGCUUAUAGCUUCCAAAUAUGAAGAGAUUUGGGCACCAGAGGUUAAUGACUUUGUAUGCAUAUCAGACAAUGCAUAUGUUAGAGAACAGGUUCUGAUUAUGGAGAAAACAAUCUUGAGAAAACUCGAAUGGUAUUUGACAGUUCCUACUCCUUAUGUCUUUCUGAUUCGGUACAUCAAAGCCUCGACUCCCUCUGAUAAAGAGAUGGAAAACAUGGUGAAUUUCCUAGCUGAGCUUGCUAUGAUGCAUUACGCUACUGUCUCCACGUAUUGCCCUUCGAUGAUCGCUGCUUCCGCUGUUUAUGCCGCAAGAUCUACCCUUGAGAGGAGCCCCAUUUGGACUGAUACUCUAAAGCACUACACAGGCUACUCUGAGGAACAACUAAGGGAUUGUGCUAAACUCAUGGUUAGCUUUCAUUCUGAAGCUCCAGAAAGUAAGCUGAGGGCAAUUUACAAGAAGUUCUGUAGCACUGAACGAUUGGCUGUUGCUCUUAGGACUCCAGCAAAAAACUUAACUGCAGAAUCUUGAAUAGAUUCUAGUUUUAGGGUGUUAUUUUGGAUGAUUGUAUCGAUCGAUAUAUAGCAUUUAGCUAUUAUGACUUGAAACUUAUGGAUAUGGUUUUCAUUUAGGAGAAAGAUCAUACUGUCAUAUGAUCUAUAUUUCUUUUAUUUUUUCUUUGUGUUUGAACAAUAUUUCUUAGAGAAUCAUGACCUUGACUCACAGGUUGAUUCUUUUUGUAGUAGAGCUGAUAUAUGCUAUUAUUGAAUGAAAUUUAGUAUUUGCUAA